AUGGCGAAGGAGGCGACUUCGAGGAAACUCGUAGAUCUUUUGAAGAAGGAACUUAAAUGCGAAAAAUGUGAAUCUUUAGGCUUUGCAAGUGGUGGCUGUAUUAGUGAGGGAAAAAGUUUUGACACUGACAAUGGAAAGAUUUUUGUCAAAGUGAAUACCAAAUCGGAGGCGGGAGAAAUGUUCGAAGGCGAAUUCCAGAGCCUUGAGGAAAUUUGUAGGACGGAUACUUUGCGAGUACCUAGGCCAAUAAAGGUGUUACCUCAUCCAUCUGGAAGUGGGGCAGUUUUUGUUGCAGAACAUCUUGAGAUGAAAAGCUUGAGAAAAUACCAGUCACAGCUAGGGACAGACCUUGCAAGGCUUCAUCUGGACAAUAUAAACAAAUUACAAAAAGAAACAUCAGAGGAGAACAAGAUUGGAAAGAGUCAUAAACCAACUACGGUUGUAAAAUUUGGCUUCCCAUGCACCACUUGCUGUGGUUAUAUCGGUCAAGACAAUGAAUGGCAUGACAAUUGGGUGACUUUUUACACCAGAUGUCGCUUACAACUUCAGAUGGAUCUUAUUGACAAGCAGUAUGGUGACACAGAAACCAGAUCCCUUUGGUCAAGACUUCAGCUCAAAAUACCUGAGUUUUUCAAAGGCAUGGACAUCAAACCUUCUCUACUCCAUGGUGACCUCUGGAGUGGAAAUGCAGCAGAAACAGAGGAUGGUCCAGUUGCAUUUGAUCCAGCAUCUUUCUAUGGUCAUCAUGAGUUUGAUUUAGCAAUAGCAGGAAUGUUUGGUGGUUUCUCCAAGGCCUUCUAUGAUGCAUAUCACAAACUGAUACCAAAAGAAAAAGGAUUUGAGGAAAGGCACCAGCUUUAUUUAUUGUUUCAUCAUUUAAAUCAUUGGAAUCACUUUGGGACAAGUUACAAAUCAUCAUCUUUAUCAAUUAUGCGUGGACUUCUUGGAAAUAGCUAGCACCAAAUGUACUACAGAAGUUAUG